AUGUCGACUUCUCUUCUCAAGGCUCUACUACCAGAGUUCAGCUUUGUGCAGCAGACCUGCUGCGGUUUUCAGCUCUUCGGACUCAUCUCGUCGGACUUUGCUCGAGGAUUCAAUGUCUCACACAGAUGCACCAUGAUGCCGCCAUUACGAAAUGGACUACGCCAUGCAAUGAUUAUAUCCCUCUCGGAACCAGAGGCCAAGUGCAGCAAGUCGCCGAAUAGGCCGACAACUGGCCUCGAGGCUGUGGUCCGAAGGGAUCAUGGUUGUUUGCGAGGUGUCAAUCUCUCCAGAAUGAUCUGCAACGAGGAGAAUCCUUUGAAAAUCUUACUGAUCAACCCGAUUCUCAGGCUCGUCUCAGGCUCGGUCUUGUUCCUGGGCAUUGGCCGAAGAGGGCGCGGAGUGCUGUGGUGA